UCUCACCCAUGCCUUCACCAGAGUCCGCCAUUAGCUCCUCGCCUCGGUUGAAAUCGCUCAUACUUUUAAGAAUACUUUCCCCACCUUGCUGAUUGCACUCACUGCCGGAAUCUUGAUCCUUUUUUUGGCCGCACUACUCUGGAAACUGAAGCAACUGGCAGAUAUAUGGCUUCUUCAAUCUGACUCUAACAUCAAAAGACCAGAGAGGGCAGAGGUGAAUUUCUUGCCUAAUUUCCCACUGGGUGAUGAUGGUACAAGCCUCGAGCGAUUGAGACUCCAAAUCGUAGAUGAAGUUACGAGGAGUGAUAAAAACCUUCCCUUGAUUGAAAAGUUAAUGCAGACUACCUUUGCCCUGCGGCGCAAUGAGAUCAUCAAUGAUGAGCUACCUGUUGGAGAGAUCCUGGAACGCUGGCCUGCCUUGAAAAUGGAGUCACAGAUUUGUGCAGAGUUUCACAGAAUAACAAACCUCAACCUGAAGAACCACUUCUAUGCGGAGUUGGAUCGGCAUACCCCCCGUCUUCAGAGCCUGUUCAGGAAGAAGGCGGCAAGCAAAGGGAAGGUAGCUGAAGUUCUGAAUCAGCUAUUUGUCUCCUAUGACCUCCAGGAGCAAGGUGACGUCCAUGUCCGACGUGCUGCUGUCCUCCGUGCUCUGCCUGCAUAUCUGCAUGAAGAUGACUCCACGUUUCUGAGGCUGUGGCAUGUGGAGCAGUCUGAUGAUCCAGACAUAGAGGACAUCGCGGUCGGACUUCUCAUGAUCAGUGCCAGGUCAACAGACACCACGCUCUUCUGCCCAGAGAGGAUCGCUGUUGUCAUUGAGGGUAACAGAGUUAUCGAACUCCCUACACUGGCUGACGCAUUCAUCCUGCUUUUUGCACUGACCUUUGCCCUGCAUCUGAGCUAUCCAAAAGACUUGGCCAACACUUUUAACUUCACCCAGAAAGUGUUGAUGGGCCUUGAUGAGGGGAACUUGAAGAAUUUGAAGCCCCGGGUGUUGAGUCUGAAAAAUGACCUUUUGGCAGUGUAAUACUACCAACGUGCAAAGUUGCACUUUAACAAUCACACACACACACACACACACACACACACACACUAAAAUAAACAACUUCUUUACCGAAGACUUGUAUUUACGGAAGACAGGCAAGCUAUCUUCCGGCUGUGAUUGGUUGUUCGUAGUCACCUGGCAAGCUGUGCUCUCGGCUGAGUUCAAAAGUUAAAGUUCUUUAAACUAAAGAUGCAGUCAUAGUGUCCUGGUCACGCCUUGUGAAAUUGGGGUGUCUUUAUUGACAACAGUGGAUUUGAGCAAGGGUACCGCCCCUAUGCAAACUGCCAACAUUAUUUUUCUCAGAAAAAACCACACACACACACACACUCUGUUCUCCUGUUUACAUCCUGCUGCUUUACAUCUGUGUUCUGUAUUGCAUUGACAGAUUUGUUACUGUUCAGCUUCAAGUUGAAGGACUGUUUGUAGAUGUUGUUUUAUACUUUUAUAUGUAUUGGGUCUUUAUGUGUUAAAUUAAUACGCAGAACUGUUCCUGAAAAUUGUGUUUAAUUCUUGCCAACACAAGCACAUUAUGUGUCUGCUGGUUUUGUUAAAUGUAUUCAGUACCUAUUCAUUUUCAUAUGCCUUGGUAGGCUUGAAGACAUUGGACCCUGUAUGUGCAAGUGAUCUUUCAUCUGAACCUGGUGUGUCUCUCGUGGUAGACUGAUUUCAUAGAAGAGUCUCUUUUAACUUGAGGAGGAGCCUUUCACAUAAUAACUUUUAGAGCCAAAGUUUGUUUCUUUUGAAACUAUUGUGGUUAAAAAGGCCCUAGCACUGUUUUUAAGGUAUAUUUUUUAUUUAAAAGAGUUAUUUGCUAUAAUGU